AUGCACAAGUUGCGCACGGCUUUGACCCAACAGUGUGCAGGUUGCUCGCGACAUGCCUCUACGAGUUCUACCCCGUUCCCGUUCCCCACCGCUGCACGUCCAACCCCCCACCAGAUCUUCCACCUACCAUUAGGCGCAAGCCAGAAGGACAUCAAGGCCCGAUACUACGAGCUCGUGCGCGUGCACCACCCCGACUCCCCCUCCGCGCAGCUCCUCUCCCCGGCCGAGCGCCGCUCGCGCUUCCAGGCGAUCUCCUCCGCGUACGACUCCCUCCGCGGGAAACGAGGCUCAGCUUCCACGCACAACUUCGCGCGCGACGACGUCGAGAUGUUCCGCGAGGAGCUCGAGCGGCGGAAGCGGGCGUGGGCGCGGCGGCAGAGCCCAGGCCCCGAAUUCGCAUACCCGCAUGGGCCCGGGGCGCGGAACCAGUGGACGGAGAGCACAGACGACGCGUGGAAGGACCGGGUGAUCUUGAUUGUUGGGAUCCUUGCUUUGGGCGCGGGCAUCGGUCCCGCGUUUCUGUGGCCUUCGUACACCGCUGGGUAUCAGGCGCACGUGGACGCAGCGCGGAAUCUCGCGCAGGCGCGAAAAGAUGCGAGGGAGUUUGGUGAGGAGCGUAGGCGAGAGAUUCGGAAACGUGUGCAGGAAUACGAGAAGCGAAAAACUGAAGAAGCUCGCCCAUCGGACCCGAAAGGUCAUGCAUAA